GCUCACCAUGUCCGACUCAACACCAUCAGAAUCGACUCCUGCUGCCUCUUCCUCUGAGAUCUCUAUCAACGUCAAAGGUCCGAGCGAGUUGAAGCUGCAGAUCACAAUAGCUACGGACAAGACAGUGGCCGACCUCAAGCAGGCCAUCGCGGAGAAGUCUGACGUCCCUGCUGACCGCCAACGGCUCAUCUAUUCUGGCCGCGUAUUGAAGGAUGAGGAUGCGCUCUCGACGUACAAGAUCCAGUCGUCGCAUACAAUUCACAUGGUGAAGGGCGCCGCACGCUCCGGGCCCUCCGCUCAGCCAACGGCACCCCAACAGCUCCCGACUAUGCAGGCGGGGCAGAACCCGCACGAUCCGCUGACGCAGCUGAAUGGGCCGAUGGGCUUUGGGCUUAUGGCGGGCUUCAACCCGUUCGCGGACAUGGGGCUGAACCCGAACGAUCCUAACAUGAUGCAAUCCAUGCUCAACUCGCCCCAAUUCCUCCAGCAAAUGUCCUCUGUAAUGUCUAACCCCGACGUCCUCGACCAGAUCAUCAACUCCAACCCCCAGCUCGCCGCGAUGGGCCCCCAAGUCCGCGAGGUGUUCCGCUCAGAGCGCUUCCGCCAGAUGAUGUCCAACCCGGAGACGCUUCGCAUGAUGCUCCAGAUGUCCAACAUGAUGCGCGAGUCUGGUCUUGCCCCCCCUGGCGCUGGCGGCUUGGGUGGGCUCGGGGGAUUGGGAGGGGCCGGGGCGGGAGGGUUCCCUGCUCCUGGCUUGCCGUCGACCGCAAGGCAGCAGCAACAGCAGCCGGGGUCAACACCGCAGGCGGGGCCGGGAGCGCAGUCGCCGGCUGGCGGUAUCCCCCCGAACCCGUUUGGUUUUGGGUUCAACCCGUUCUUGGGUGGCGUGAACCCUUGGGGCGCGCCUCCUCCCGCAGGGAGCCCGUCAAGUACUGGUACUGGCUCGACGACUGGCACCGGCACUGGGGCUGACGCUGGUGCGGGUGCUACCGGGACAGGUGCGGGGACAGGUGCAGCGCCGCUGCCGCCGUCAGGUGGAUUGUUUGAUCCCGCGGUGAUGCAGCAGAUGCUUGCUGCGUUCGGUGGCGGGGGCGCAGGCGCGAACCCGUUCGGUGGAUUAGGUGCGGGCGCGAAUCCGUUUGGUGGAGCAGGUGCGGGCGCGAAUCCGUUCGGGGGGCUGGGUGCCUUUGGUGCUCCAGCUGCACCUGCGGAUACUAGACCGCCUGAGGAGAGGUUCCAGGUUCAGCUUCAGGUACGGUGGGAUGGGGAGCAGCAAUUGCAAGACAUGGGCUUCACGAACGCGUCACAGAACGUUCGUGCGCUGCUCGCAACUGGGGGGAACGUCCACUCUGCAAUAGAGUACAUCCUGAACGGCGGUGGCCUCUGA